UUCGCAAUCCCAUGUCACCUCGACUCCACCACUGCCACAACGCUCCACAAUCCAAAGUAAUAUUUUUUUUUACCGUUUCACUGUCUCUUCAUCUCCUUCCAUUAACUUCUUCUUAUUCUGCAACUUGUGAUCCCUAAAAUAAUCAUUUCCAUUUUUGUUUUCUUCCAUUUUUCUCUCUCCUCUCUGUACUGGCCCUUUCUACCUUCCACCAUUCUUCGAUUUUCUUCCCAUUUUAUAUAUUUUGUCCUCUUUAAGAUCCAACCAUUAAUUUCUUCAGAAAAACCUUCAGCAAAAAAAAAAAUAAAGAACAAAAUAUUCCCUUUUUUUUUUUUGAAUUUCAAAAUUUCUAAUUAAAGCCUAAUCUUUAUUCUCUUCUUUUAAAUACCCUUUUCCAUCUUCUUCUUCCCUUUCGUUUCCCGCUUUUUAUACUCACCCAGUCUCCAGUUUUCUCUCUCUAUGCUCUUUAUUUUAAGUUUCUCUCUUUUAUUUUACUGUCAUUACAAGAUUUAAUUAAGCUUUUCUUUUGUCAGUUUCUGACGAAUUUGAUGAUACGGGAAAAUGUUGACCUGAUUGAUUGGUGUUAGUUGGCUGUUGGUUGAGUGGAUUGAUAGCACAUUUUGGGUACAUUUAUUUUGUUUUAUUUAUUUAUUUUUUCUUUUUUAGUGAACAGAGGAAAUUUUCAGAGACUUUCUAUGUGGUUUAGUCAUUUCAAUGAUUUGAUUAAUACUAUAUAAAAACAGGGUUUUAUCAUAAUAUCAAAAUUUUAGGAGAGAGAAAAAUAAAAGGGCGUUGGGCUCUAAGCAUAUGUCAUUUUCAAUGCAAUUUACUGGGUAAUGUGCUUUUUUCAAUGUUACAGACUUUCAUGAUGGUCUGUGUUUUGCUUCAUUGAAGCUUCUGUUCUUGUGAAACAAACACUUUCUAGCAAAGUUAACAACAAAGAAGCAAAUUUCCCUCAAAAAAAAACAAACAACAAACAAGCAGAACAUCUCAAUUAUUUUUUGCAAAAAGUGUGUUGUUUUCCUUAGCAUUUUUGGAAAAAAUUAAAAAUUUCAUGGUAUAGAAAAAAGUGGGGGUUAAAAUUGGGUCUUAUCAGUGGAGAUUUUAAGGGUACUAUUUGAGAAUAGUCAGCUUAUUUGGAGGUUUUGUUAAAGAUGAGAAAUGGUGGGUUCCCAUUAUUGAUUAUGCAUAAAUGCAUGGUGUUUUGGGUGUGAAUUGGAAUCAUAUAACAACUUGUGAGAAGGUUGAAUAAAAAAGGGUUGUGAUUGUUUGAAGAUUUUGGGUGGAGGUGAGAAAAAAUGAGUGGACAACAGCAGAAAAGAGAGAAGGGUUCUUCAGUUACUGAAGGUGUUGAGAAGGUUUUGGUUGCAGUAAAAGCAUCAAAAGAAAUCCCAAAAACAGCACUUCUUUGGGCUUUGAGUCAUGUUGUUCAACCUGGGGAUUGUAUCACUAUGAUUGUGGUUGUCCCUCCACCAAGUUCAGGUAGGAGAUUAUGGGUUUUCCCAAGAUUUUCUGGAGAUUGUGCAAGUGGGCAAAAAAAGCUAUUUGCUGGUACAAGUUCUGAGCAGAAACUUGAAUUGACAGAUUCUUGCUCUCAGAUGAUUCUUCAGCUACAUGAUGUUUAUAAUCCAAAUAAGAUUAAUGUGAAGAUAAAAAUUGUUUCGUCUUCUCCACCUGGAGCUGUGGCUGCAGAAGCUAAGAAGGUUCAGUCGAAUUGGGUUGUAUUGGACAAGCAUCUCAAGCAAGAAGAAAAGCGUUGCAUGGACGAGCUUCACUGCAACAUUGUGGUCAUGAGACGCUCUCAGGCGAAAGUACUUCGACUCAAUUUGGUAGGAUCACCUUCAAAGGAAGUUUUACUAGCUGGUCCCUCUGGGUCCCAUCCUGAUGAAGUUAGAGGGCCUCUUGUGACCCCAAGCAGUAGUCCCGAGUUAUUUACUGCCACUGAAGCAGGAACAUCAUCUGUAUCAAGCUCUGAUCUUGGAACGUCGCCAUUUGCUCCGUCUGAAAUGAGUGAAAAGUUUAAGAAGGGUGAUAUGAUCCGUAUAAAAGAAAGCAGGGAUCUGGCUGGAUCAGACUCAGAAUCAGAUGAUGAGGACCUGUCUCCAUCUUGUUCAACGAGCUCAGGAAUUCGGCCUUGGAUGGGCGAGUAUGUUAUAUCACAUUUACGGUCUUCUCAAAAGUCCGAGAAGAGGUCUUCAACAAAGUCUUUGCAUAAGUCAUCUCAAAUUGACAGGGAGUCUGGUAGUGGAUCAAGAAGAUAUAGACCGGAUUUAGAGUUUAAUGGAAAUGUGAGAGAAGCUAUGUCUCUAUCAAGAAGUCCUCCUCUUGGACCUCCUCCACUUUGUUCUAUUUGCCAACAUAAGGGACCGGUGUUUGGGAAGCCCCCUAGGUGGUUCAGCUAUGCCGAGCUUGAGCUUGCUACAGGUGGGUUUUCACAGUCAAAUUUCUUGGCCGAGGGAGGUUAUGGGUCUGUCCACCGAGGAUUACUACCUGAUGGUCAGGCUAUUGCUGUGAAGCAGCAUAAAUUGGCGAGCUCACAGGGGGAUGUUGAGUUUUGUUCGGAGGUGGAAGUUUUGAGCUGUGCUCAGCAUCGGAAUGUUGUUAUGCUCAUCGGCUAUUGUAUCGAGGAUAAGAGGAGGUUGCUAGUGUAUGAAUACAUUUGCAAUGGAUCCUUGGAUGCACAUUUGUAUGGACGGAGUCAGCCUCCAUUGGAAUGGUUUGCUCGGCAGAAAAUUGCUGUUGGAGCUGCUCGAGGGCUGCGCUACCUGCAUGAAGAGUGUAGAGUGGGUUGCAUUGUUCAUCGUGACAUGCGUCCUAAUAACAUCCUGCUCACCCAUGAUUACGAACCACUGGUAGGGGAUUUCGGCCUAGCGAGGUGGCAACCUGAUGGAGACACUGGCGUUGAAACAAGAGUGAUAGGCACAUUUGGGUAUUUGGCUCCAGAGUAUGCGCAAAGUGGGCAAAUUACUGAAAAGGCUGAUGUCUAUUCCUUUGGUGUUGUACUCGUUGAGCUUCUUACAGGAAGAAAGGCGGUCGAUCUCAGUCGACCUAAAGGCCAGCAGUGCCUAACUGAAUGGGCUCGACCUCUUAUGGAAGAGGGUGCUAUUGAGGAGCUAGUCGACCCUCGUCUGGGUAACCGGUAUCUAGAACCGGAGGUCCUUUGCCUGAUGCAUGCUGCAUCCUUGUGCAUACGUCGGGAUCCUCUCUCCAGGCCAAGGAUGUCACAGGUCCUCCGCAUACUAGAGGGUGACAUGUUCAUGGACUCAAGUGUUAUGUCCACACCUAGGCAUGAUGUUGGCAAUCGGAGUGGAAGAAUGCGGCUCUUGGAGCGUGAACGCGAAUCAUAUAGUGGUCCAUUACGCAACGAGGAGCCAGAAUCAUACUUGGGUAGCAUAUCUAUUGAGUCACUAAGGACAGCUUUGUGGGAAAGGGAAAAGGUUAGAAUUUCAUCAGGCCAUUAAGAUAAAAUUGCUUUUGCUGUAGGGUAAACUUUUGGGGUCCUGUAUUGCUCUAUACUUGUGUUCUUGUAUAGUAUAAGGAGGUGGGUUAAGAUGGGCCUGUAAUUCAUUUUGGGGGAUGGAAUAGCUAGAAGUUGUUAAUAUUAUAUGCAUUUGUGUAUCAUAUGGAGUAGAAGUAUACUACAAAGUCAAUUAUUCCUAGUGAAUAUGCCCCUUCGGCAAAUAUUUUGUUUCUGACAGGAGUUUUAAGGUUCAAAGA